UGGGACAAAGUAGAAUAUAUUUUUUCCCCUGUGCAUAACGACAAACACUACCGGGUCUACGCUGCUGAUCUAAGGAGUCAGAAGACUUUCCUUCUGGACAGCCAGAAACCCAAGCCAGCAGUGGCCAAGGUGGAUCACUCUCCCAUGGGGAAAUUGAUAUUUGAGUAUGGGGCUGCUUUCCUUGCAAAGCACAACCUCGAU